AUGACAGGGAACUCCACGGCGAGCUUCAACCAAAGCAUUUCCGGAUCCGGAGCAAGGGCCGGGACAACAUCCACUGCCGCCACCACGCCCAUCUCGGCCGAGUCCGAAACCACCACGGCAGCAGUCGAGAUGUCGGAGACCUCGGUGACAACGACAUGGGCAUUGGGCACAGCGGGCAGCGAGGAGGGCAACUUGUCUACGGCUACCGAAACUGUGACAUCCACAAGUUCGAUGAGCAGUUUCUCAGCUCAAAACUCGACCGGUUCACCAGAGACCCAAGCGCCUUCCUCCUCCAUGCGCCCAGAGCCCACUACGAGCUCCAGCUCAGUUGAGCAGAAGACCUCAGCAACUGAGACCGAAACGACCUCCGAGGCCACCGAAGUCACCUCGACAUCUGAAAUCUCUGCCACAUCUACAUCUAAGACAGCUGCUUCGAGCACAGAAGCCACUUCCACGUCGAUCCAGGCAACCACCACGGCACCAAACACGACGACAACACCCGGUUCGUCGUCGUCGUCGUCGUCGUCGUCGUCGUCUUCGUCCGCUGGGCUGCCAACAAGUGCAGCUCCUGCCACGACCUCCCGGAGCACGUCAUCUCCACCGCCGUCUUCCUCCACAGAAUCAGCCUCAAUUCGCUCGUCGAGCACAUCGGCUUUCAACCAUACCGAGGAGGGACCUGCCAACCACACGAACACCUCGCAGACGCGGCUCUCUCGAGCAGUCACUCGGGCGCGUGCAUCGGAAGUUGCGAAGCACGAGGCCGAGCACGCAGAGACCGAGGCUUUGGCGAUGUCACGGCGAAAAGCGGAGGAAGCAGAGGAAGCCGGGGCGGCCCUCGAGGCGGCCAAGAAAGCCUUAGACGCCGCUUCCGAGCAUCGUGUCCAGGCGACCAUCAAG